GACUCUCCGCAGCUGGAUCUCCUGGAGUCCCCCCGAGGGCUGCCCGUCCCCCCUGGAGCUGAAGUCCGCCCCCAGCAAGAAGAUGUGGGUCAAGCUCCGGGCGCUGCUGCGGUACAUGGUGAAACAGCUGGAGACAGGAGAAGUGGAUAUUGUGGAACUGAAGAAGAACUUGGAAUAUACCGCUUCGUUGCUUGAAGCUGUCUACAUCGAUGAGACCAGGCAGAUUCUGGACACAGAAGAUGAGCUCCAGGAGAUCAAGUCAGAUGCGGUGCCGUCCGAGGUGCGGGACUGGUUGGCCUCCACUUUCACCCAGCAGACACGUGCCAAGGGGCGCCGUUCGGAGGAGAAGCCCAAGUUCCGCAGCAUCGUACACGCUGUGCAGGCUGGCAUCUUUGUGGAAAGGAUGUUCCGUCGGACGUACACAGCUGUGGGCCCCAACUAUCCCCAAUCCGUCAUCAAUUGCCUGAAGACUCUUGACCUCUGGUGUUUUGACGUCUUUGCGCUGAAUAGGGUGAGUGAGGACCACGCUUUGCGCACAAUUGUCUUCGAACUGCUCACCCGCCACAACGUGAUCAGCCGCUUCAAGAUUCCCACAGUGUACCUCAUGACCUUCCUAGAUGCGCUGGAGGCUGGCUAUGGGAAAUACAAGAACCCUUACCACAACCAGAUACACGCUGCUGACGUCACCCAGACCGUACACUGCUUCCUGCUUCGUACCGGCAUGGUGCACUGCUUGACGGAGAUUGAGGUCUUGGCCAUUAUCUUUGCAGCUGCAAUCCACGACUAUGAGCACACGGGUACCACCAACAGCUUCCACAUCCAAAACCAAGUAAGUACCAGUGGUGUGUCUGACACGGCCAUUUUGUACAAUGACCGCUCCGUGCUGGAGAAUCACCAUAUCAGCGCCGUCUUCCGUAUGAUGCAGGAGGAUGAGAUGAAUAUCCUCGCCAACCUGAACAAGGAUGAGUUCAUGGAACUCCGGUCCCUGGUGAUCGAAAUGGUUCUGGCGACAGACAUGUCCUGCCACUUCCAGCAAGUCAAGUCUGUGAAAACUUCCAUACAGCAGCUUGAACGGAUCGACAAGGCAAAAGCUCUUUCGUUGCUGCUGCACGCAGCCGACAUCAGCCACCCCACCAAGCAAUGGACAGUGCAUUCCCGAUGGACCAAGGCACUCAUGGAAGAGUUCUUCCGACAGGGGGACAAAGAGGCUGAGCUGGGACUGCCCUUCUCCCCGCUGUGUGAUCGCACCUCCACGCUGGUGGCCCAGUCGCAGAUUGGUUUCAUUGAUUUUAUCGUGGAGCCCACCUUUGCAGUUCUGACCGAUGUGGCAGAGAAGAUGGUGAUUCCCUUGGUGGAGGAAGGAUCUAAGAACAAGACCCCUGGCCAGCAGAGCAGUUCUAGUUGGCGUCAGCCUUCCGUGGAUGAGCACGCUGAGCUGGGAGACAUCAAUGCAGACAUCAACAGCUUCCGCUCCACUUGGUCAAAGUACAUCCAAGAGAACAAGCAGAAGUGGAAGGAGCGAGCAGCCAGCGGAAUCACUAACCAGACAUCCAUCGAUGAGCUCUCGCCAUGUGAGGAGGAGGCAAGCACGCCUGAAAGCCAGCACAAUCAGAACGGCAAUGUGGAAUAGCACUGCCUUUGUGGGAACAAGGUCCCCGACGUAACGAAACUCCAAAGUCUUCGAUACCAUCGACUCAGCACCAUCCGCACAGGGAGGGAGCCACCCCCCCGGCUAGAGAAGGGUGUGACAUGAACGCGACCAUCAAUACAACUAGUAAUAAUCUCAAUAAUGAUAAAUGCAAAGCGUUAGAGUCUACGACGUCGACAUCACACAGCACCCACUGCCUGCCCCCAUCCCUGAGUUGCAGAGAACGAGAGCGACCUCUUCCCCACCGCCUCGCGGACUUCCUUCACUGAGUGCCGGUGGCUGAACGGCCUCAGUGUCCUGGUGGGACUGAGCCUACCCCCCCCCCAGCCCCACUCUUGCCAAGCAGCCUAGGUAAGGCUUCUCACUGCCAAGCCAGCGACGUGACUGCCGAGGCGAUUGCUGCAGCCAGUUUUUAAAAUAGUGGCUGAAAUCGCUCUUCGUCAGCUGAGGGUGUGACCGAGUCCGUCGGUUUUUAGGGGGAGGCAAAGAGUCUCAUUCCCGUACAAGCGACGUGAUUCCCAGCUGGCUUCGGAGACACGCUAAACCAACAGCGCCCCCUUUCCUCAGGAGGAAGAGGUUAGCUCUGCGAGACUCCUGCGCCAGGUGGCUGACAUUCCCUCACGAGCCCAACCCCUUGCAUGGAUAAGCGUGUGCUCUCCACUCAGCCCCUCCUCCUCCUUUAACCAGAUCCGUCACCGUUUCUUAACUGCUGUGGCAUUAAACUGGGUCAGCU